CCCACUACGUACGGCGGUGCUUUCCGGUUUUUUGAAAAAUUGUGCCUUUCGCUUGUUGCUUGACACCUAUCUAGCGUUCGUUCGUUGUUUAUGUCGGCAUAUUUUGGCACCCCGUAGUCCAUUUGAGUUGGUCCUUCCUUUUUUCUGUGGUCCCCGGAAUUCAUCGUCAGAAGAAAUGGCGUGUGGUAGUUUCGUUUGAUUCUAAGCGAGUGUUGUUGUUUUUUUUUCUUGCUUUGUUCAAUUUUCGGACAGUGAAUGACGUGUAUAUGGAUUUUCGAGUCGUUGAAAUUAUUCAAAUAAGUGUAUCUCCCUGGACGGUAGUGCAAUGUCGUUAAAUAUUGGAUGAGCUGGGCACGGACGAUGGCGUUCUUCGACCUUGAGCGUUCGAUUAGAAUCGGGAAGUCCUAAAUGUUUCGAGUUUUUGUUCGAUUCCAGCUAGCGCAGUAGAAAAAAAACGCAUGUCGCAGCACUAUGCUUGGAGCUGAUAAGAAAAGUGAGGGCGUUUGUGACACAUUAAUUUAGAGUAAGCUACUGUUGAUACUUUUACUGAUAACAUUUGAUGAAGUGCCAGUCGAUAAUUGUGCGGUUUGAUGAAGCGGAAAUCAAAGGGAAGGGUACGUUUUGAGCGAGAUAGUGAAGAAGAGUAAAAGGUUGUAUGUACACAUAUCUGAUUUCAAACCGCAAUCAAUUCAACCGAAUAGAUAUCCUCACGGACAGUUCGGAAUUGGAUCCUGAACUUUUUGGAACCCAUUUUAAAGACUGCAAACCAACAUAGCCACUAAAAACUGACUAAAGGAAGGCUCCAAAGCAAGAAACCAAACUGCUAUCGUGUUUGCUGCUACACAAGUCCAGCGUGGAAAUUUAAGUUGUUCCGGUACGAUCCGAGACCCGGCAUCAUUACCACCACCAUUCAGCCGUUGUGACCAUGGAGAAGCUGCGGGCGGCUAAAAAGGUCGCCCCGGAUGGUGGCUGGGGCUGGGUGGCCACCUUUGGUGUUAGCUUGGUCAAUUUAGCGACGCGCUCCAUCGAACCUUCUUUUGGGCUGCUGUUUGGCGAUUUGCUGAAUGAUUUACAGGUCGGCACAACGGGGGCAGCCAUCAUCAUCAGUACCCUGGACGUGAUGAUGAACUUCAGUGGUUUGUUUGUGGGUCCGUUGUUGAAGGAGUUUUCGUACCGGAAGGUGGCCAUUGCCGGAGCGAUCUUGUGCUGGUUGGGUCUAGCGCUGACCUCCCCGGCCACCAGCAUGGGGCACAUUUUGGCGACUUAUAGCGUCAUAAACGGCAUCGGCGUCGGAUUGGCCACCUCGGCUGCCUUCGUAGCGCUGAAUCAUUAUUUUGCCAAAAAGCGUGGCCAAGCAGUGGGUCUCUCGAUGGCGGGCACGGCGCUCGGUAUGCUGAUAAUGCCGCAGCUGGUCCGCUUUCUGCUGGAAACGUAUGAUUUCCGGGGAGCCGUUCUGUUGCUCAGUGGUCUGGCGCUUCACGCGGCAGUUGGUGCCACGCUGCUGCAACCCAUCAAGUGGCACCUUAAGGAGGAAGAAGUGGAUAUCGAGAUGGUAGAAGCUCCAGCGAUGGGAAUAAUUUUGGAGCAAGAGGACGACGGCGAUAACGAUAGUUUGCCGGAGAUAAAAACUUUGCUGUUUCCCCGCCGGGACCGGAAGCUGUCGGAAAACUGUCCUUCGCCUCAACCGAACGGGUUCCCCAGGAAGCCAACCUUUCCCCGGAUUACUUCGAGUGUCAGCAUGCAAAAUGGUCCAACCGGAGUGAUGGUUGGAGGAAUGAGAACACGCCCAUCGUUCCCGAGAAUAACGUCAACGGCAAGCAUGAGUCUGGCGCUGCGAAAACGACGCGAAUCGGUUGUGUCGCAGCUUUCCACUAUGGACUUCACCGGAAGUGGCAGCUGUAUGCACAUUCACGUUGAUACCGGCGACGUCGAUGCGGAGGACGUCGACUAUCAAAUCAUUCGGCGCGUAAACACUCAUGUGGGCAUGUCAUCGAUGAAUUCGUUCGCCCGGGCGCCUCGCACGCCGAAGCGCAUCGAAACAGUCAAAUCCGAACUGGGUCUGGAGAUGAUCAAGCCCAAGGUGACCUUCUUCCAGCGGUUCACGGCUCUGAUGGACGUUGGGCUGCUCAAGGAUAUCUACUAUCUGAACAUCCUGUUCGGGCUGUCCAUCUUCUAUGUGGCCGAGAUGAACUUCAAGAUGGUGACGCCAUUCUUCCUGACCAGUUUGGGUUUCGACAAGAGCGAGACGGCCUUCUUCUUGUCGGUUUCGGCGCUGACGGAUAUAGCGGCUCGGGUUAUAGUGCCCCCCAUCGGCGAUAAGCUGAAGAUUCGGAAGCGGCUGCUGUUUAUGACCUCGCUCGUUUUCGUCGCCAUUACGAGAUCCAUUGUUGCCGAACAAACCGACCAUACCCAGUUGCUGAUCUGGCUUUCGAUCACCGGAUUCUUCCGGGGUAUCGCGCUGGCUAACUUUACCCUGUGCGUAUCCGAGUAUUCAUCGCUGGAGAAGCUGCCGGCCGCCUUCGGAUGGCACAUGGUCGGCAAAGGGGUGUUUGUGAUCGCUUUUGGACCCCUGAUCGGAGCCAUCCGGGACUGGACCGAUAGCUAUCCGAUCUGCAUCCACGCGCAGUCCGUCUGCAUCUUUACCUGCGUUUUUGCUUGGUUGAUCGAGUUUGCGAUCAGAAGGAUAAGAAACAAGAAAGUCGUCGAAGCGAACCCAAGCGUUGCUGCGUGAAGCUUUUGAGUCGAUGAAAGGUGAUCUUGAACGACGUUGCAUACCUUAGGGAGCAUUCAAACUCAUCUAAAAUAAACCGAGGGACUGUAUUCACCACUUUAGAAAUAUUUUUCAAAGUUUUUAGACAGCGUACUUUUGAGAUAUUUCUUGCGAGAACAGUUAUAACUAAAAAAACGAGCAAGAAAUUAUGCAAUUGCAAUUUAGAAGGAAAAAAAUGGAAUUGUUGUCCCUCUAGCUUAGCAAGAGUUAUCGUAUAAGAAUGAGACUGCGAUAUAUACAUACAUUUAACAAAAAUACAACAAAACCUAUACAUCAACUAGCUAAGAUUCAAAGUGAAACGUACGUGAUUAGUAGAAAAGCAAAGGUGUACUUACGAGGGAUACCAAAAAAAUCUUGAUUACUAGUUUGUAUUUUAGCGUCCACAGGGCACGCAGUAUUAGCCUAUUGUAUGUAUGUAAUUCGAAAAUCAAAACCUGGAAACGUUUAGCAAAUAUCUACAAGAAAUGUGUAUCCAUCGCACUGGUUUCACAAACGGAUCGAUUCAAAACCGUAUGAGCCUUAUAGAGCUUGUUGUUGUUGAUGAUAUACAAUAUAAAAUAUGGUAUGAGAGCAUUUUUGGAAGUUCGAUAGUAACUCUCGCAGCGGAGAUGAAGUGUAAGAUUUUUAGAGUGUAUAACAACCGAUUAACUUAGUUCACAUUUUGGGAACAUAGGAAUUAAACAAAAAUGCAAAUAUCAUAUGUCACGUUUUAUGACGAUGUGAUACAUACUUACUACAGAUAAGCGGAGCUUGAAUAUAAACGAAUGAAGGAGCUUAGAAUCUCCACAAAUUUCAUGAAUAACAAUAAA